AUGGUUUCACAAAACAAUAACAAUAACAAUUCUAAACGCGGCUAUCUAAUCCUAAUUGAAGGUUUAGAUCGUACAGGAAAAUCAACACAAGCACAAUAUUUAUCAGAAAUUUCACUUUUAAAUGACCCAAUUUUAUACAAAUUUCCUAAUAGAUCAACCAAUAUAGGCAAGAUCAUCAAUCGAUAUUUAACCGAUAAGACUAUGGAAACCGUUCCGGAUCAAACUAUUCAUUUAUUAUUUAGUAGCAAUAGAUGGGAAUGUAUUAAUGAAAUUAAGACCUGUCUAUUAAAUGGUAAGAAUGUGAUUUUGGAUAGGUAUGUUUAUUCAGGUAUUGCUUAUUCAAUGGCUAAAAAUAUUAAACAGAUGGAUUACAAAUGGUGCUAUAAUUGCGAUGUUGGACUAUUGAAACCUGAUUUGACACUAUUUUUCCAAAAUAGAAAAAAUGCCAUGAACACUGGAUUUGGCGAUGAAAGAUAUGAAACUGCGGACUUCCAACAACAAGUUGCUACUAAAUUCAAUGAAAUCUUUUAUAAAUGGGAAGAUAAAAAGUAUCUAAACGAAAAUAUUAAAUUUAUUGAUGUUGAAAACUUAUCCAUUCGACAAGUUAACAAAAUAGUUUUACAAACAGUACAAGAAUUUAUUGAUGCUGAAAAGGAGAGACAAGAAAAACAAAAAACUGCACUUCCAUUUAAAUUUUUUGAGCCAUUAUCGUAA